UCUAACUCACUGUGCAACUCACUCUUAUUAAUUCACCACCUGCAACAACAACAACAAAAAAAAAUCUACAAAAUAAAACCUUGGCUUUGAAACAAACCUAGCUAAUUAUAUAUAUUCACACCCUAAUUAUAUUCAUAUGUCUUUUGACACCAUGUCAAUGGCAAGUGACCUCCCAUUUUUAGGCCCAAGAUCCGGGCCUAAAAGCAUGGAGCUCCAACAACUUUCCCGGCGACCCAAACACCAUGUCUCUCCAACGCUCGGCGAGCUCAUGCAGCUCGUUGGAGAUGCUAACGUAACUCCAAACUCGGGCCAUGAAGCUCAUGAACCACUUCAAGCCUACCCUUUUGUUCUUUCUUUUAAUAACCUUUCGUAUAGUGUGAAAACACCAAAAAAGAUUUCACUUUCUAAUUCUCUUGGUGGUAAUAAAGUGGAGGUUUCAAAUACUAAAGUCUUGUUGAAUGAUAUAUCCGGUGAGGCCAAGGAAGGCGAGAUCAUGGCCGUUCUUGGUGCCAGUGGCUCCGGGAAAUCGACCUUGAUUGAUGCUCUUGCUAACCGGAUCGCAAAAGGGAGCUUGAAAGGGAGUGUGACCUUAAAUGGUGAGAUUCUUGAGUCGAAAAUGCUUAAGGUCAUCUCGGCAUAUGUCAUGCAAGAUGAUCUAUUGUUUCCUAUGUUAACCGUUGAGGAAACCUUAAUGUUUUCCGCGGAGUUUAGGCUUCCACGGACCCUCUCAAAGAUGAAAAAGAAAGCAAGAGUUCAAGCAUUAAUCGAUCAAUUAGGUCUAAGGAAUGCCGAGAAAACUAUCAUAGGAGAUGAAGGCCACAGAGGGGUUUCUGGUGGAGAAAGACGGCGCGUUUCUAUUGGAAUCGAUAUCAUUCAUGACCCCAUCGUGUUGUUUCUUGAUGAACCGACGUCUGGACUUGAUUCGACUAGUGCCUUCAUGGUGGUCAAAGUGUUGCAACGAAUUGCUCAAAGUGGAAGUAUAGUGAUCAUGUCCAUUCACCAACCUAGUUAUAGAUUAAUGAGUUUGCUAGACAAACUAAUCUUCCUUUCAAGAGGACAAAUGGUGUAUAGUGACACCCCAUCUAGACUACCCGAUUUUUUUGCACAAUUUGGGAACCCUAUACCUGAAAAUGAAGACCGGACCGAAUUUGCUCUUGAUUUCAUCCGAGAGCAAGAGAUAUCUGGUUCGGGAACGAAACCUCUAGUCGAUUUCAACAAAUCAUGGAUGACAAGAAACAAAGCACAAGAAACAAAUUCGGUUCAAGGAGCAAAAAUGUCACUAAAAGAUUCGAUUAGUGCAAGUAUAUCUAGAGGCAAAUUAGUCUCUGGGGCAACAAACAUGGAUCCGAAUUCAUCAUCAUCUGUUUCAACUUUUGCAAACCCUUUCUGGGUUGAUGUUCUGGUGAUCGGCAAACGUUCAAUGCUGAACUCAUGGCGAUCACCAGAACUAUACGCCAUCAGGCUAGGUGCAAUCAUAGUCACAGGAACUAUUCUUGCAACCAUGUUUUGGAAACUUGACAACACGCCACGUGGAAUCCAAGAACGAUUAGGGUUCUUCGCUUUCGCCAUGUCCACAAUGUUCUACACAUGUGCAGAAGCAAUCCCUAUGUUUCUCCAAGAACGUUACAUUUUCAUGAGAGAAACCGCAUACAAUGCAUAUAGACGUUCUGCAUAUGUUGUAUCACAUUCCAUCAUCACAAUCCCUUCAUUAAUCUUCCUCUCAUUAGUAUUCGCUUGCAUAACCUUUUGGGCCGUUGGUCUAGCCGGUGGCACCAUGGGGUUCAUCACAUUCCUUUCAUUCAUAUUUGCCUCCUUUUGGGUCGGGAGCUCGUUCGUGACCUUCUUAUCCGGUGUCGUGUCACACGUGAUGCUUGGUUAUACCGUGGUUGUCGCGGUUCUUGCUUACUUCCUUCUAUUCAGCGGUUUUUUCAUCACUAGAGAUCGAAUUCCUACGUAUUGGUUAUGGUUUCAUUAUAUGUCAUUAGUGAAGUAUCCUUACCAAGGUGUGUUGCAAAAUGAAUUUGAUGAUCCAACAAAAUGUUUCGUUAGAGGGAUUCAAAUAUUCGAUGAGUCGCCAUUAGGUGCGAUCCCAGAAGCCAUGAAAAUACAGCUUUUGAAGACCAUGAGCCGAACACUUGGUAUGAGUAUAACAAGCUCAACUUGCUUAACAAAUGCUGGAGAUAUAUUGAAGCAAGAAGGUGUUACCGAUAUUAACAAAUGGGGCUGCUUUUGGGUCACUAUUGCCCUGGGCUUCUUUUUUAGAAUCUUGUUUUAUUUUGCUUUAUUGGUUGGAAGUAAAAACAAAAGGAGCUAGAUAAAAAUUUAUAUGAAAAAAAAUGAAGAGGAUAAAUAUCUCAAGAACGAUGUAAUGUAAUUAUGUGUCUUCCCUUUUAGUACUAUCUCAAUGCAUGCUUUGGUUUUGAUGGAA